AUGAGGGGGCCUAUAGUUGAUGGGAUCAAGGACAGGGCUUUUGAGGAGCUGUCGCAGCUGAAGAUUCCAACCAAAUAUGUAGUAUUUGCAUGGAGGCUUCUUAGAGAUAGACUACCCAUUAGAAUAAACUUACACAGGAGACAAAUAGAUAUAUUGGAUAGGCACUGCCCAUUUUGCAGCAGAGAGGAAGAGGAAGAAGGACAUUUGUUUUUCCACUGCAAUAGAAUCAUCCGUAUUUGGUGGGAAUCAUUAUCCUGGGUGAACAAAUCUGCAGCUUUUCCAAAAGAUCCAAGACAACAUUUUCUACAGCAUGGAGAUAUAUUGAAUGAGGGGAGAAGGGCUACUAGGUGGAUGGCAGUGACCUGGACCAUUUGGCAGCAACGGAAUAUGAUAGUAUUCUCCAAUGAAACAUUAGACAACAACAAAUUGAUUGGCAAAGCAGCUUUCUUGUUGUGGACUAGGCUGAGGCAUUUGGAGAAGGAUUUUUUGUCAUUUUAA